AUUUCGAGAUAUAUGGUCAUGUCUUUUUUGUGUAAAAAAAAUUAUUCCAUCAUAUUCUAAUCACAAUAUGUAUUAUUAUUCACAAUGAUAAAGUACAUUUGACGUUAAAGUGUCCAACUUGUUUAAUUAAUCAAAUUAAAAAUAAAGGCCAUGUCCUUUUUUGUAUUUUAUUAAUUUUUAUCUGGGUGUAUUAUUUUCUUAUAUUCCUGUAAAAGUUAACUGCGUUGAUUAAUAUUAUUGUCCAUUCCAAUAUGACUUCGAAUGCUGAUGUCUAUGAUGAUUUAUAUUUAUAUACUACAGCUGAAAAAUUUUAUGUUGAGGCAGUGAAUGCCAAAGUACUGUUAGUAGUCGAUAGAUUAAAUCAGCAAAUAUUUAUUCAAGUAGGCACAGCAAGUCAAAUUCCACAAGCUGCAAGUCGACGAAAAAUAUGGGGUAUUAUUGGGACAAUUCGACUACUAGCAUGUCGAUAUUUUAUUGUAAUCACAGAAGCAGAAAAAAUUGGUACAAUAGCAAAUCAACAAAUAUUCAAGAUUGUUUCAACGGACAUUAUUCCGUAUUCAAAAUCAGAUCUUCAUUUAACUGAGAAGCAGAUUGAAAAUAACACGACAUACUUGGAGAUGAUCAAGUCAGUUUUAAGUACUCCAUACUUCUAUUUCAGUUAUACUUAUGAUCUCAGCCAUACUAUGCAAAGAUUACACAAUACACCUCCAGAAUUUCUUCAGAUGCCAUUACAUGACCGAGCUGAUCCUCGAUUUAUAUGGAACGCACAUCUGUUACAAGACUUAGCAUCUAGGCCAGAAUAUUCCAAGUUUUGUUUACCAAUCAUUCAUGGAUUUAUUUCUCUCAAUACUGUUGUUGCUAAUGGUAUAUCAUUCAACUGGGGUAUUGUAUCUCGCCGAAGCAUUCACCGUGCAGGAACACGGUUAUUUUCACGUGGAAUUGAUGCUAAUGGUAAUGUUUCUAAUUAUGUCGAAACUGAACAAUUGAUAGAAGUUAAUGGUGACCGAAGUUCUUUUGUUCAAACGAGAGGAUCAAUUCCCUUAUUCUGGCAUCAAGAGCCUAAUCUCAAAUAUAAACCCAAACCACAAUUACUGUUGCAUGAAAAUCAUCAAAUCGCUUGUUCUAGACACUUGGAUGCGCAAAUUUUUCACUAUGGAAAACAAAUAUUAGUAAAUUUAAUUGAUCACAGGAAUGCUGAAGGUAUCUUGGAACAAGAAUUCCGUUCUGCUAUAUCAAAAAUAGGAAAUCCUGAUGUACGUUAUGAGGCGUUUGAUUUUCAUGCAGAAUGUCGACACAUGCGUUGGGACAGAUUAAAUAUUUUAAUGGAUCGUUUAGCUCAUGAUCAAGAACAAAUGGGUUACUUUUUAUUAUCAAAAGACGGGGCUUUAAUUUCUGCUCAAGAUGGUGUGUUCAGAACGAAUUGUAUCGAUUGUUUAGACCGUACAAAUGUUGUGCAGAGUAUGUUGGCUAAAAGAGCACUUACAGAUGCUUUAGGAAAACUUGGUAUUCUUCGUAACCUUGAGGAUCAUCCGUCUUUUGAAAAAUUAUUCAAAGAAGUUUGGGCAGAUAAUGCUGAUACUAUCAGCAUUCAAUAUUCAGGGACUGGUGCUUUAAAAACAGAUUUCACUCGUACUGGUAAACGUACACAGCUAGGAGCCAUUAGAGAUGGAAUUAACAGUGUAACUAGAUACUACAAAAAUAAUUUUGCCGAUGGUUUUCGUCAGGACUCUAUUAAUUUAUUCUUAGGACGUUAUGUUGUACAAGAGGAAGAGUGUAUGCAAUUGAAGUGUCCACUAGAAUAUGAAAGAAAUUGGAGAUAUGCAACAUUCCCAUUAGUGCUUUUAAUCGCAUCAUCUAUGCUGGUUGCUCAUGUAGUCCUUCCGACAACAUAUUCAACAGAAGUUUUACUCUACAUGCUUUUUUGGGGUGCAAUGGUCGCUGGUACAUUUGCAACUAUUAUUCAUCAUGGAAAACAAUAUGUUGAUAAGCCAAAACUAUUGUAGUCGUACUGAAAAUAUUUUUAUUAAUACUAAUUAUUUUAUAAAUUAAUACUCAAGAAAAUAUUGAGGAACUUGGUAUAGAUUUGGUGGGCCAAUAUUAAUUGCACGAAUUUCGAUAAUGUUAAUAUUAUAUGAUUUGUUUUAAUAUGAAAAAUUUUAAUUGUACAUUAGUAAAUAUUUGAAUUGUGUAUGUAUAUCUUUUAGAGAGAAAUUAUGAUUGGAUCUAUUAAAACUAUUUAACGAAAA